UCCAACACAAAUAUAAUCUUAGAUAGAUGGCUGCCUAAGUAGAAUCCUUAAAAAUGCUUAUAAGUCUUGGAACAGCAGGUAUUUUCGGCAUAGUCUUGGUUAAAAACUGCUUUUUCACUGUCGAGCCUGGACAUUGUGCUAUCAAAUUCAGCAAGUUUUUAGGACUCCAAGAAGAAAAGUACAAGGAAGGAUGGCAUUUCAGAAUCCCCUACUUUGAGACCCCCAUUGAUUAUAAUAUCUAGACAAGACCCAGACAAAUCAAGGCCAAUACAGCCAAUAGAGAUAUGCAAAAUGUUCUAUUGACUCUCAGAGUACUCCAUAGACCUUACAGUGAUGAUCUUCCAACCAUUUACAGAACUUUAGGAAUUGAUUAUGAUGAAAAAGUCUUGCCCUCCAUUGUUAAUGAAACAAUGAGAUCUGUUGUGGCCUAAUACACUGCCUCCUAAUUGAUGAGUCAAAGAGAUUAGGUUUCAUUCAAAAUCAGACAAGCCCUAGACUAAAGAGCAGCCUAAUUCAAAAUUGCAAUAGACGAUGUAUCAAUCACAGAGCUCACUUUUGGAAAAGAAUACUUGGAUGCCGUUGAAGCUAAAUAAGUUGCUUAAUAAGAGGCUGAAAGAGCAAAGUUUGUUGUUGAAUAAGCAAGAGAAGCAAAGAAAAGUAUUGUAAUUAAGGCCUUGGGAGAAGCCAAAUCUAUUGAAUUAGUAGGAAAAUCUGCCUUAACUAAUCCAGCCUUCUUGGAUGUCAGAAGAAUAGAAUAUGCAAGAGAAAUAUCUGCCAUUCUAGCUGAAUCUAGAAAUCACAUCAUGUUGCCAUCAGAUAUUCUUAAAAUGGAUGCUACUGCACAUAAAUGAGUUUUUGAUUAAGUUAUUUAAAAUUUAAUUGUUAAAUAUCAUAAAUUCCUUUAAA